CAACUACACCACCACGCACAGCGGCUGCACCACAAUCCUGACAGUCACAAAAUACGCACCACUGAACCUACAACUUAUUAAUUCACAAAUAACCGACCGCAACCAUGGGUGUGGCCAAGAAGACGAGAAAAUUCGGCCUGGUCAAGCGAGUAAUUGGCCAGCGCGAUGCCCGCCUUAAGGAAAACAAGGCCAAGGCCGAGGCCAUCCAAAAGAUGAAGGAGAAGAAGACAGCAUCCGGCGAGCUGAUCCGCGAGGCGCCGCAGAUGCCCUCCAACAUGUUCUUCCAGCACAACACCGCCCUCGUCCCGCCCUACAACGUCCUCGUCGAUACCAACUUUCUCAGUCACACGAUCCAGCGCAAGCUGUCGAUGCUCGAGUCGAUGAUGGACUGCCUGUACGCCAAGUGUAACCCAAUUAUCACCUCGUGCGUCAUGGCCGAGUUGGAGAAGCUGGGACCCAAGUACCGUCUUGCGCUGCGAGUGGCCCGUGACGAGCGUUGGACGCGACUGACUUGCGACCACAAGGGCGUCUAUGCCGAUGACUGCAUUGUCGACCGAGUCAGUAAGAACAGAAUAUACAUUGUUGGCACCAACGACAAGGCCCUCAAGCAACGCUUGCGCAAGAUUCCUGGUGUGCCUCUGAUGAGUGUGGCUCGCGGAAAGUACGUUAUCGAGAGAUUGCCGGAUGCCCCUGGAUCAUAAGUUUAUGCGGGAUCUUGGUUUAUGACUACUGGUUUGCAUUUUGUCUGGCGUUUAAAGGUUUACGUUGCACAUAGAUUUUCAAAUGGAUGUCUUGUUUUGUGAUUCAAUUUGGUAUGUUGCCACGAAAAUGAAAGAGUUGAUGUAAUGGUGAGAAACGGGACUAUUCGGUGAACACUUUCCCUGAAGCAAUGGUAUCAAGAGCAUUCAUGGUGUGACUGUACAUGAGCUUCUCGAGAGCAUCCUUAGCCUUGUCGGCGUACCUUUCUGGCUUGAAGACGUCUUCACCAUCCCAACCCAAGGCGUAGCUACCGCCACCAAGCUUGCCGUUUGUGGAUUUGAUCGCAUCUUGGACGGGCUCGCUGUCAGAGGCUGCUGGAUACUUGGCCGAGAGCAAGCUCAGCAUUCGGGCGCCGCACUCUGCAUGCGGGACGCAAACGAAACCCGACAGGAGAGGCACGAAAAGGUAGCGCCAAAAGAGGCGAAAGACGAGUGGUAGUUGCGGGUUGUAAAAGCCAGGGCCCGUGACUAGUCCUGGGAAGACGUGAUUGAGUGACAGUCUACCAGGAUUCUCCCUGGCCAAAUGUUCAAAGAAGAGCGUGUACAUGUAGACCACAUGGGAACGCGCUUGGGUGUAUUUGUAAUUUUCUGGCUUUCGGAGAGAAACAUCGUCAGCGAUGAGCUUUUCUUCAUAGCCACCGGCAAAAACAGAUACAACCGUUGCCGGAAACGAAGACUGCAAGAGGAGCUGUUUGAGCCGCAGGAUCAUUCUGAUGCGGGCAUAGUACAUGAGGGCCAUUGUUCUGUCGAGACCUUCGGGAGUAUCUGGGGAGGAUUAGUAACGACCAAAUUGGGCAGAAGAAAAAUAAAAAGACAUACCGUCUCUGGCCUGGAAAAUGACUGCACCCGGCGAGAGCAAGAGGUAAUCAAUUCUGCCAUCUUGAUGCAUGGCCUCGGCCUCUUGGAUCUUUGCGCAUACCUCGUCAACAUUCUUCAUCAGCGCUAAAUCAUUUACUUGAACAAAUAUGACGCUGCUCUCUGGGCUCAAUUUGUUGCAUUCCGCGAUGACAUCUUUUGCUGCAUCUGGCUUUCUGCCCACGAGAUAGGCUCUAAACGGCUUGCCCUUGUUUUCCGAUACUGUUGUCGCCAAAGCUGAAAGGGCAUAUUGGCUGAUGCCGCUGCCGCCAACAAAGACG